AUGUCUCGCGUAUAUGUUGGAAAUUUGGAUCCGCGAGUAACUGAACGAGAACUUGAGGAUGAAUUCCGCACUUUUGGAGUUAUCAGAAGUGUGUGGGUUGCAAGAAGACCCCCUGGCUACGCUUUCAUUGAUUUUGAUGAUCGGAGGGAUGCCCAAGAUGCCAUACGAGAGAUAGAUGGUAAAAAUGGCUGGAGAGUUGAGCUUUCUCACAAUUCUAGGGGUGGAAGUGGUGGCGGCGGGGGCGGUGGCCGUGGUGGGGGGCGUGGCCGUUCUGGUUCUGAUUUAAAAUGCUACGAGUGUGGUGAACCUGGCCAUUUUGCCCGUGAGUGCAGGAACCGUGGAGGUUCUGGAAGGCGUAGGAGUCGCAGUCCCCCUAGAUAUCGCAGGAGCCCAAGCUAUGGUAGAAGGAGUCUCAGUCCUCGUGGCCGUUCUCCUCGACGUCGAAGUUUGUCACCCAAAGCUCGUGUCUACAGCAGGUCUCCUUACCGUGGAAGAGAUGAGGCACCAUACGCCAAUGGAAAUGGCAUUAGGGAUCGACGCAGGAGCAGGAGCUGA